CAAGGCAGAGGCGUCGCGAGCUUGCAGUGUCUCAUCAGUUCGCGGAGCAAUGAUGUUUGGAGUACCAAGACGUUACUAGAGUUUUCACAUCUACAGCAAGGCUUAGAUUUCACAUUCCAGUCUGGAAAAAAUAAAAAAACUCGCAUCUUGAAGAAUAUGAACAAAGUGGACUCACCAUGCCGACCCGCUGCCUCACUGAAAUUCACCAUAGAUCAUAUCCUUAACCUCAAGACAAGCGGCAGGAACUUGGACAACUGUCUCUCUGCCAGAUUUCAAAAUGACACGAGAGUGCGAAAAGACGAUUAUUUUUAUCACCGCUACGAUGACAGUGGAGUUGAACGGAUACAAGACCCCGAAAAGAGACUGCGUGAAGCCGAGCCGGUCACCGACUGCAACGGAACAACUGACGCCGUCAUCAUCAACCAAGAAGACGCGUUGAAGAUGACAGACACCGGCUUCGAGAGCGGAGACAGCUGUGACGACUGUCUCACCAUGACGGUCCGCAAAGGGCCCAGCAAAAAGAACAAAAUUGUCACAAAAAAGAAAACGCGCACCAUCUUCUCAAAGCGACAAAUCUUCCAGUUGGAAUCUACGUUCGAUAUGAAACGGUAUCUGAGCAGCGCAGAACGUGCCUGCCUCGCGAGCUCUCUCCAGCUCACCGAGACGCAGGUAAAAAUUUGGUUUCAGAACCGAAGGAAUAAAUUGAAAAGACAGAUUUCUACAGAACUUGACGGACCCAAUAGUGAUUUCUCCGACGCAGGGAAACCAAUGGUGCAGCUCCCUGCCAUUUACAAAGAGAAUAACCUCAUGGGACGGUGCUUGUUGCCAAUGCCCCUGCCUAUAGUCUACCCGGGGAGUAGCACGCCUUACCUAUGCUUCUCAAAUGCCAGCAAGUAUUUCAGCCUUUUCGAAGGCGACGUAUGAUCGUCGGCUUGUCAGAGAAGAGGACACUUAACGUGAUAUUAAUUUGCCAAUUUAAGCAUUUAUUUGGCUAUUGGUGUUAAUCUUUCGGAGCCAUGCCACCGAAUUAGGCUUGGAAUAUCCCGAGAAGAAAUAGAGGACCAACUAGCUUACAUAUCACAAUCAUAAACCCAUUCUGAUAUUAUUUAUUAUUUAUUGAUUAACGACUUUGAUACGCCACUAAACUUGAUGGGCUAUAUUUACAGGUAAUCACAAUGGAGAUAGGCCUAUAAUUUUAGCUGAUUAUUUAGUAUUGGCGAAGGCUUAUGAUACAGUUACCGUAUUAAAAUAAUUUUAAGAAUAUGAACAAUAUAUUAUUACGAUUAUUAUUAUUAUUAUUAUACAACAUUUCAAGCAGAUACAAAUCCGCCAAAGAUAGAUUUAUAGUUGCAUGCAUUUACUGUCAUAUACAAUUUUCAAUUAACUAACAGGCUAUGUAUUUCAAUGAAUGUAAUUGAUAUUUCAUUGUAUGUUUUACGCAUGUUUAAGGUUUUAUU